AACACCGGUCUCAAAGCGGGGACGCUGAAAUAUGAUAUCGGCUGCGAGAGAGGGCUGGCUCCUCCCGUCAAAUGAGAAAAACCAUAUUCUCCUCCCGGUGGUAUACAAAUCGCUUGCAGAAGCAAAGAAUGGAAGGAACACCAGGUCUCAGCUCGCCAUCCUCUGUACUAGAGAAAGGAGAAAAUGAGAGUUCUUCCGCUUGAGGAGCUACCAAAGAAAGGUCCAAAUUAUAUCGUGCAAAACACCAUGAAGAAUUCUACAUGGGGGGAUCGCAGCCGGUUGUGAGAGUGGUUGGUACACUUCGCAUCAGCACACGCCUGUAGCCGGGCCUUCAAGGGGCUCCUUUAUUGAGGAUCGACGUCUCCUCUAGGUAAUUGAUCACCACAGACCCAGGGACCCUCGACUCAUCGUCGAGGGAGGGUAAUCAUCAUGAAUAAUCAAAAUGCUGUCGCCGCGCUCCUGCAAGAGUGUGAGCGAGCGCUGGACCGGCUCUCGGUGGCGGCGCCAGCUGUGUCCGAGGAGGACAAGAGGGAGGACCUGCGAUGCCGAGCUUCACUCUCCAGAGAGCUAAGGACCCUGAUCCAGGAGGCAAAGGAAAUGAAGUGGCCCUUCGUGCCUGAGAAGUGGCAGUACAAACAAGCCCUACUCCCAGAGGACAAAACAAACCUGCAAGACGUGAUUGGCGCCGAGCUGCAGCAGCUGCUGGUGAAUCUCCCUCCCUGCGGCUCAGCAAGCCUCAUCAGAGCUACCCGGACCUGGAAAUCUUCCCAGCCCCUGACCACUCGCUUUCCAGGGGUGAGCUUUUACUACCCCUGCACCGCGAGAGGCUGCCGCUGUCCAGGGAAGCUCUUGAAGGCAGAGUGCAUCCUGAGCAGCCUCAUCAGCAACAACGGAGCGACAGGUGCCUGGCUCUACAGGAAUGAAAGUGACCAGGCCCUGGUGCAGUCGGUCUGCCUACAGAUCAGAGGGCAGAUUCUGCAGAAGCUCGGCAUGUGGUACGAAGCUGCAGAGCUGACAGCGGCCUCCAUCGCGGGAUACCUGACGCUCCCUCAACCAGAUAAAAAGGGCCUGUCCACGUCGCUGGGAAUACUGGCAGACAUCUUUGUUUCCAUGAGCAAGAACGACUAUGAAAAAUUUAAAAACGACCCACAGAUCAACUUGGCCUUGCUCCAGGACUUUGACCACCAGCUGCUGGCAGCAGCGGAGGCCUGCAAGCUGGCGGCAGCCCUCAGUGCCUACACACCCCUGUUCGUGCUCACGGCAGUGAACAUCCGUGGUACAUGCUUGCUGUCCUACAGCAGCUCCAGGGACUGCCCUCCAGACCGGAAGAGCUCGUAUCUGUGUGAGGCCAAGGAGGCCUUCGAGAUCGGCCUCCUGACCAAGAAGGACGACAAGGCGCACGUGGGAAAGCAGGAGCUCCACAGCCUGCUCAAGGCGGCCUUCAGCCUCACCACCGUGCACCGGAGACUCCACGGGGACACGGAGGCCACGCGCACGGCCAGCCGGCUCUGUCUGCAGGCCCUGGGGGCGCUGUACAGGUUCGGCUCCUCCUCAGGAAGUCAGGACAGAGAUGCCCUGUCCCUGGAAGUGCUGUCAGGGGUCAGCCUGGUGAAGGGCCUCCUGCAGGCCCAGGGCGUCUCCAAUGUGGACCACAGAUCCCACGUUUCGGAGAGUUUCCAGUGCAGUCUGGACAGGCCUAUCGUGCUUGGGAGAGUGGAUUUCCAAGGCAUGCUCGCAGCCCACUCGCAGCACCACGCCUCUCUGUGUGAGGUUUUUGGAAGCACCUGCGGAAACAGCAGGAAUCAAGAGGAAAACGCGAAAACAGAAGUCUGCAUCACGGCCUUAAGCACGGACACUGCAACGCUGGACACUGUGAGCCCAGCCUCCUCCCCGGGGGCAGCAGGUGGGGAGGAGAAGCCGGGGAGGGCGGGGAGGAGAGACCGGGCCAGCUCUGAGGCCCUCCCAGACGCCCCGGACCGAGAGGGGGACGGCCUUGCUCGUGCCCCCUCGGGGCCCUCCUGCGCUUGUCCACCAGACCCUGGUCAUCCCGCGCAAGAGGAAGCCUUCGAAACCCUCGAUUUCCAAGAAAUCGGCUGUGGUGUCCCAGGCAGGCUUAGGGCGGAGACGGCAGAGGAAGUCGGUGCCUGGGGCGCAGGCCCUGCGUGCACAGAUGUCCCCUCGUGGGUGGACAGCGCGGGAGAGACGGCAGAAGGCGCCCAGGAGGCGCCCUGGGGCAACAGGGCCAGGCUGCAGAGUGGCUCUUUCCCUCCCGGCUUCCGAGCGCAGCAUCCUGACUCGGGAGAGGCCCACGGCUGUGCGGAGGAGCUGGGCGUCGACCCCGAUGCCCCCACGGAGGAUGAGGAGGGCCACCUGCUGGGCAGCGCCCGGGUCCCCUCCACAGUUGGACCAGGUGCUCCGAGGCAGCCGCUGGGGCAAAGGGUGGGGACCCCCGGCUCCCUUACAGGCGGCAGCGCCCCCUUCCAGGUCCUCAGCCAGGACUGUGCCACCACGGAGGAAGGAGACACCGCAGGACACGCGCCCAGCUGCAGCCAGAGCCCGGGCUCCUCCCUGGCGUGGCUGCUGAAGUCGCCUGCUCUGUCCUGCGGCUCCUGCAACGGGGAGAACUCCUGGUCCUUCCUGGACUCGAGUGGCAGCUCCGUGGCAUCCUGGCCAGGGGUGACGCGGCAGGAGGCCUUGGAGGCUCGGACCCUGCAGCCCGCUGAGCUGGAGAAGCUGCUGGCCGGCGUGGGCCGCGGCUGGCUGCUGCAGAGGCUGGAGAAGAUGGGCGUGUUCGAGCCCAGCCAGCUUCACAGGGCUCACAAUGCUCUUCUGUUAAAAUACUCCAAAAAGUCUGAGCUGUGGACAGCCCAAGAAACUGCUGUGUAUUUGGGGGACUAUCUGAAGGUGAAGAAGAAAGGCAAACAGAGAAAUGCUUUCUGGGUUCACUAUCUUCACCAAGAAGAAACGCUGGGAAGGUAUAUUGGGAAGGAGUACAAAGAGCGGAAGGGGCUCUGGCACCACUUUGCUGAUGUGGAGAGGCAGAUGACUGCCCAGCACUACGUGACCCAGUUUAACAAGAGACUCUACGAGCAGAAGAUCCAGACACAGAUGUUCUACAUCCCAUCCGCAGUGUUACUGAUUUUAGAAGGCAGCACAAUAAAGGGAUGCAUCAGUGUGGAACCUUACAUCCUGGGAGAAUUUGUAAAGUUAUCAAAUAACACAAAAGUGGUGAAAACAGAAUACAAAGCCACGGAAUAUGGCUUGGCUUAUGGCCAUUUUUCUUAUGAGUUUUCUAACCAUAGAGAUGUUGUGGUUGAUUUACAAGGUUGGGUGACUGGGAAUGGAAAGGGGCUCAUCUACCUCACAGAUCCUCAGAUUCACUCUGUUGAUCACAAAGCUGUCACUGCCAAUUUUGGAAAGAGAGGAAUUUUUUACUUCUUUAAUGACCAGCAUGUGAAAUGUAAUGAAAUAUGCCAUCGUCUUUCUUUGACUAGACCUUCAGUAGAGAAACCAAGUUAGCCGUGGACUGUGGAUUGAUUAUAUGACCACCUCUCUCUCUGCUCACUGGGAUCAAGUUUGUGCCUUCCAGGGACAUACGAGCUGGCGGUGUGGUCCUGCAGGGCUUGGCCAGGCCAUGGCUUGAGCCGGCCGUGAGCGGGUGAGAAGACCACCUUCAGGCCUGUGUUUGGCUGGCAGUACAAGAUGGUGUGCUUCGCUUCCCCUCUGACACAGGGACCAAGGGUGUGUCAUGAGGUAGCGGCUAAUGGGCAUCAGUCCUGCAGGAAAGACAAGAUGGAAAACAGCACCGCUGACCCACAACAGAUCCAAAGCACAGCUGAAAAAUAAACUUUUGUCUAGGCCAUUGAGGUGUUGGAGCUUUUGGUCAUUAUCUGUCAAGACUGACACUAUCGCAGCUUUUUCCCAUUGAUUUAACUGUUCUUCACGUAUUAAAGAAUUCAGGGGUUUGUGAUACGAAUUCCAUUUUUUUGUGUGUGUUUUGACAUUUAGCUUUACAUAAAGCUUUUAUCAAUGCUGAAUGUUUUAUGUAGUUGCAUCAUCAAUCUUUUCUUACAUGGCUCCUUCUCUUCAACUCUCACAUGAGUUCUUGCAGAGAAGUCAUGCCUGUGGAGGCUGUGGGAGAAGACAAGCACCCAUUCAUAGCCACCACAGCCCACCCCUUUGUACCACACAGAUUCGCUUCCUCACACGGCUCUAGGAAGCGGUUUUUUUGAGGUCUUGCAGAGACAGGUACAGAAGAGAUGUGGGUGAGAUGAAGUGAUUCUGCCUCCACAGUUCCUCUCUGGGGCCAGAGCUGGUGCUCACUAAAUUCAUCCUAAAUUUCCCACAGCCUUAACUCUGACUUCAAGAGGUCUGGACGGCUUAGCAGGUGAUGGAACUCGAACUUAUGUAGAUGAAAGGUCUGAAUCCAUGCAAUCCCCUCUCAGGCUGGGGUUGCUGCCCCCUGCUCUUCACAAGUGUAGCUGGGGCAAGGAGACCCACUCGGAGGUCCCGCGAUGGGAAUCAAGUGACUGUCACCGCCAGCCCCUCCUCUCUGGACCCACCAGUGUGCUCAGGGGGAAGUCGCGUCUCCCCGCCGUGUUCUCGGCCCACGACUAAGCUCAGGAAGGAGCUGGUCCCAGAAUACUCGGACCAGCACGAAACCAGAACAUUCCUGAAGUUGUGCUGCCAUGUGGGGUCCCAGCCCAUUCACCGUCUCCUUUUGUAGCUGUCACAGUGGUAGCAGAUCUCCCUGCCUGCUUUACUCUCCUGCACUGAUUCUCUACAGUCAACUCCAACAACACAUACCUUUCAUGUCUAAUCUUUCCUGGUGCCCACUUCUUGAAGAACCCAACUAAUGCUCACCACUCCCUUCUCACAGCUGACACAGUUCGUGUGUGUCCACCCUGCCCUCCCACCACACUGUGGCCUCUUCCUAGUCACCUAGCGAUGGCCUUGCACCAACCAGAACAAUCACACCCAGUGGUUCCACGUCCUCGAAGCCACUCCUUAGCCAG